CAAUAUGCGUCUUUGAUAGCUCAGCCUUGAGCAACGUGUAGCACGUUCAAUUUCUCGGGCUAUUCGUAUACAGACGUACAGCUAUAUAGAAAAAUCUAUACUAAUGAGACAAUAACACACGAAACUCAAACGCAAACAUAAAAAGAGAAAGAUAGAGACAAGGGCCGACGGUCAGUAGUAAAAUACAUUUCUUCGCUUGUCCUAAAUACAUAACUUAGCUAGACAAUUCUUCGUUCUUAAGGACAUAAUUUCUGUUUUGCCUGAGAUUACAAAUGGAAUAUUUCACUUCUCAUUCAUCUUUAAUUCAUCUAGGUGACAUUUGAAGGAAUAGUAGGAUCCUCAUAUAUGGGUGACAUAGCGAUCGAUGAUGUCUCGAUUAGCAAUGGAAGCUGCCAGGGGCACACUGUAUCUCCAACCUUUUCCACAACAUCAACCUUGACGCUUUUAGUGACGUCAGAUCUAUCGACAUCUACUCCUUCCACUAAAAAGUCUUCGUUGUCUACAGAGCCAUUGAAAUUUAGUCCUUCCUCCACUAAGGAGCCUUCGUUGGCUUCCGAGCCAUCGACAGUUAGUCCUUCAACUAAAAAGACUUCGUUGUCUUCCAAGUCAUUGACAGUUAGUCCUUCCUCCACUAAAGAGUCUUCGUUGGCUUCCGAGCGAUCGACAGUUAGUCCUUCAACUAAAAAGCCUUCGUUGUCCUCCAAGUCAUUGACAUUUAGGCCUUCCACCACUAAAGUGUCUUCGUUGUCUUCAGAGCCAUCGACAUUUAGGCCUUCCACCAGUAAAGUGUCUUCGUUGCCUUCAGAGCCAUCGACAUUUAGGCCUUCCUCUAAAGAGCCUUCAUUGUCUACAGAACCAUCCACUUUUAGGCCUUCACUUUCGGGAAGUUCAUCUACUACAAAAGCACCCCUGUCUUCGUCUGUCUUACUAGGUAUUGUUCAUUUGUCAUCCUUUUUUUAUUAUUAUUCAGUUAAAAACCGACCAAAAGCUACGCCUCUAUUAGUUUGGCUUCUUUUCAAGUUCCUUGUCCGCAAUCCACCCGGCUCAUAUCCAUUGCUUCUGUAUCCAUUUGGAUGGUGUUUUUGUGGCUGUUUUUCAUAGUUGUUCUCUGCGUUGUGAUACGGCGUUUAUCCCAGAUGGUAAGAGAAUUACUUAAGUUAUUACAAAAUACUCAUUAACGGAACAUUCAUUUAUCUGCAAUUUCCCCUUGUUUGAUAUUUUUUGGGGAUUUUGCAAUGGCCUUUCUUGGUUCUGGGGAAAGGAGAUGAAAUGACCUUUAUACCGAAUAUCUACAUGUACUACAUGUGUACAAAUCACUACAUUAUUUCAGUUUUAGCGUUUUUUAUGCCCUUAUGGUUUAGUACUGCCGUUUGAACUACUUAUUUUCUCGGCUGCACCCUCACACAAUCAAUAUUUUCCUAUUCCAGGUACUUCCACAUCCUCCAUUGCUCCUCCAACAAUAUCAACAAAACAAAUACAAGAGACAGUCAUG